AUGAUUGACCCAAUUGAUAAAAUUAUUGAAGAAACAUUUGUUUAUAAAAUUGACAUGCUUCAUAAUCUUUCAUUAUCAUCUAAUGCAUCAAUGAUUCGUUACGCUUUAGCAUAUAAAGACUUUAAUCCUAAUGAAAAAUAUCCAGAAGAAGAAAAUGUGGAAUCAAGUUUUGAAUUAACGAAAAAGUAUUGGAAAUAUAAAAUUGAAUCAUAUAAGAAACAAGAUGAAAAAGCAGAAAGAGAUACCAAAAAUAAUGUUUCAAUGGAUGAUUUUCAAUACUAUCACGAUUUAAUCCUUUCAUCUAAAUGCAAAAUGUGUGGUAAAGCGUUUACAUAUGCAAAUAAACCAACAUUAGAUAGAAUCGAUAAUGAAAAACCACAUACCAAAGAAAAUUGUCAGUUAAUGUGUUGUUAUUGUAAUGUUAUUAAAUCAAAUAAAGAUGAAGAAGUUCAACGUUUAAGAAUCAAUUUAAGAAAUUAUGCAUUAAAAAAUAAUUUACCAAUGACUUUAGAUUCAGUUGAAGCUUAUCACAUCCUCCGUAAUGGAAUUACUGGUGGUUUAUCAAAUGUUCAACAUAGAGUAAAUCUUAAAGGAAUCACACACAUUAAUAAACUUUCAUAUAAUCCAGAAACCAAAACUGUAUCAAAUGAGGACACCACCAACAUUAUGACUCAUUUCGUUGGUGUUGAUUUCAAUUCAUUAUAUCCUUCAUCAUUUUCAUCUAAUCCUCAUGAUUUCAUUCAAUAUACUGACCAUAAAAUGUAUAUGCCGGGAAGAUUGAAUGGUGUUAUCAUUUGUGAUACAGCAACAAAGAAAGCAAAAGCACUGGGAAUAAUUAAGAAGAAAAAUACUUUAUUCGUUGCUGAAGUAAAGGGUCACAUUGAUGAAAAAUACAUUAAUGAUUACAUAAACUUUUUACCGAUAAUAAGAAACUUAGAUAUUAUCACAGAUGAAAAAACAAUUGGCAGUUUUAUGUAUAAUUACAUGAAAUCAAACAAUCUACCAGUUGACCAGAAACAGAGGAAAUUAACUCAAUUAGCAUCAACACACAAUCAAUAUCAACCAUUUUCUUCUUAUUAUCUUUGGUAUCUAAUAGACAGAUUUCAUUUUAUCAUCGAUGAUAUUCAAUCAAUUUUAACAUUUACGAAAAAUACUUGUUUUAAUGAAUUUGCGAACAAAUUUAUGAACGAAAGACAAAAGGCUGAAUUAGAAGGAAAUAAAGGAAAAAGUUUAUUUUGCAAAAUUUCACUUAAUGGAUCAUAUGGUUACGAUGCAAUGAAUACACAAAAUUACGCAAAGACUAAAAUAAUGAAUGCACAGAAGGCACGCGUUGCAUGUAUGUCAAAUAAGUUUAAAAACAUAAGAGAAAUAGGUGAAGAUACAUAUCAAGUGAUGCUCAAAGAUAGAUUUUAUAGAUGCGAAACAUGUUUACAAGAGGCAUUCUUCACUUUAGAUAAUGCUAAAUACUGGUAUUUAGUUUUCAUUUAUGAUUUUAUGUAUAAAUGCUUGGAUGUUAAUCGUUUUCAUUUCAUUGAAGGUGAUACUGAUUCAUCUUAUUGGGCAAUCGCUGGCGACCCAAAUCUUCCUAACACUCAAGCAUUUCAAGCAAUUGUUACUGAUAAACAAUUUUAUGAUAAAAACAUUUUCAAAUUCGCACCAUUUGAUUUCUUUUGUUUUGAUGAGAAAUUUAAACCUAAAUUAAAGAAUAAAGCUGAAGAAAAAGCACAUGAGAAGAAGUUAUUGGGUUUAGCAAUUGAGAAACAAGGUGAUAACAUGGUUGCUUUAUGCCCUAAGUGUUAUACAUCAUUCAACGGUUCAAUUGAUGGAAGUGAUUUUAAAAAGAUUGCACAAAAAAUGAAAGGUGUUAGUUUAAGACAAAAUAAACAAUUAACACCUAAAAAUUAUUUGGAUAUAAUAAAUGAUAAAGUCAUUUUCGAUGGUCAAAAUAUUAAUUUACAACUUAAAAAUGGGUCAAUGACUCGCUUAACAAUUGGUAAGACUGCAUUAACAGGAGCACACACUAAAGCUGUAUGUUGUGAAAAUGGAUGUUGUAUGCCAUUUAUUUAA